AUGAUUGGCUGUGCCAUGUACGAAUUGGUGAGAGUCGGUCAUGAUAAUCUAGUUGGUGAAGUCAUUAGAAUUGACGCUGAUAAGGCAACCAUCCAAGUCUAUGAAGAAACUGCCGGUGUUACCGUCGGUGACCCUGUUUUGAGAACAGGCAAACCUUUAUCUGUUGAAUUAGGACCAGGUUUGAUGGAAACUAUCUAUGAUGGUAUUCAGAGACCUUUGAAGGCUAUCAAGGAAAUGUCUCAGUCAAUUUAUAUCCCAAGAGGUGUUGAUACACCUGCAUUAUCAAGAACCGUUAAAUACGACUUCACACCUGUGAACUUUCAAGUUGGAGAUCAUAUCACUGGUGGUGAUAUCUUUGGUAUUGCAUUUGAAAACUCUUUAUUAUCCGAACACAAAAUUCUACUACCACCAAGAGCAAGAGGUACCAUCGUUUCCAUUCAACCAGCAGGCUCUUACACUGUUGAUGAACCACUCUUGGAAGUUGAAUACGAGGGCGUUGUCACUAAGUACUCUAUGAUGCACACGUGGCCUGUCAGAGUCCCUAGACCUGUUGCCUCUAAGUUGUCAGCCAACUAUCCAUUAUUAACCGGUCAAAGAGUUUUGGACGCAUUAUUCCCAUGUGUUCAAGGUGGUACCACAUGUAUUCCAGGUGCUUUUGGUUGUGGUAAGACCGUUAUUUCACAGUCAUUGUCCAAGUACUCUAACUCUGAUGUUAUUAUCUAUGUUGGUUGUGGUGAACGUGGUAAUGAAAUGGCGGAAGUUUUGAUGGAAUUCCCUGAAUUAUACACAGAAAUCAGCGGGAAGAGGGAGCCAAUCAUGAAGAGAACCACUUUGGUUGCAAACACUUCUAACAUGCCUGUUGCGGCAAGAGAAGCUUCCAUUUACACUGGUAUUACAUUAGCCGAAUAUUUCAGAGAUCAAGGUAAAAACGUCUCCAUGAUUGCAGAUUCAUCCUCCAGAUGGGCAGAAGCUUUGAGAGAAAUAUCUGGUAGAUUGGGUGAAAUGCCUGCAGAUCAAGGUUUCCCAGCUUAUUUGGGAGCUAAAUUAGCGUCUUUCUAUGAAAGAGCAGGUAAGUCCAUUGCUUUAGGUUCUCCUGAUAGAGAGGGUUCUGUUUCUAUUGUUGCAGCAGUCUCACCAGCUGGUGGUGAUUUCUCUGAUCCAGUUACUACUUCGACCUUGGGUAUUACGCAAGUUUUCUGGGGAUUGGACAAAAAAUUGGCACAAAGAAAACAUUUCCCAUCUAUCAAUACGUCCAUCUCUUAUUCUAAAUAUACCACUGUUUUAAACAAAUUCUAUGACCAGAAUUACCCAGAAUUUGCAUCAUUGAGAGAUAAGAUCAAGGAAAUCUUAUCCAAUGCUGAAGAAUUAGAACAAGUUGUUCAACUAGUUGGUAAAUCUGCCCUCUCCGAUUCAGACAAGAUUGUUUUGGAUGUGUCCAACUUAAUCAAAGAAGAUUUCUUACAACAAAAUGGUUAUUCUACUUAUGAUGCAUUCUGCCCAAUCUGGAAAACAUAUGAUAUGAUGCGUACUUUUGUAUCUUAUUACGACGAAGCACAAAGAGCUGUUGCUGGUGGUGCUUCAUGGUCUAAACUAUCUGAAAACACAUCAGAUGUCAAACACGCUGUUUCUUCAGCUAAGUUCUUUGAACCAAGUAGAGGUGAAGAAGAAAUUUCCGGUGAAUUCAACAAAUUGAUUUCUAAGAUUUCAGAUCGUUUCCAAGAAGCUUCUGAAUAG